AGAGUGUCUCUAGUUUGCCUGCUCCCCCUGGUGCUACGAGGGGUCCUGUUCCUGUGCGUGUGCAGGCAGCGCCGGCGCCAAAGCCGAAGGCUACACUGGAUCUGGACCUGUAUGACCCGGAGGAUGACGACUUUUAGCGGAUGAUGAUACAUUUGUUCUUUCGUUUCCCCUUUCAUUUUCAUUUUUCUUUGGCCCCGCUCGUUCGCCCAAAUGAUACCUGGAUAUUUGAUAUGAGCUUGCUGGAUUCUAGCACAUCAGCUGUCCACCGCUUGGGGCAACGGACCAUUUCGCCAUCUACAAAAAGAUAUCCUGACUGUUAUGACGGCGGAAGAGAGGGCUUCUGGCCAGUCAACGCGGUGAUGAAACAGAGUCCAGACCGCCGUUGCCUUUCAGUCCUGCUGAAAUACAACCAUAGAGAACCACCGUCAGAUAUCAUCUACAUGGACUAUGAUGCAACUCAUCGUGAAGAUGGCCACCUAUCAUCUCUCCACAAUGUUUUCUCAUCGCCUCUCGUAUGGUUGCGGAGAAAAGGCAAAAUCUGCUUGCCUCUCCUCAGACAUUGCCUCCUUGAAUCCCAUUUUCAUGGAAUGAAUCUCCGGGAUCUGGAGAUGUCUUCCUCGUCGCCGCUCAGAUAACAAACCCCAGCUCUCACUUCGGGGAGACCAUGUUUCUCGACUCUGCCGGGUCACAAUCGCGACCUGUCGCUAGCGACCCCUUGUUCCAAUCGUGGAGGCGAUUGCGGAGAGGCCUGCUGUUAGUGGACGGCCAAGCUCCCCGGGUGUCUUCCUCCGCAUCGCAGAUAGACAGGCAUAACCGUGGGUGGCCGCCUGUGAUACAUGACGUCAAACCAAUCGGAGAAGGGAACUGGGCAUC